AUGGCCAAGGUCACUUUUACAGCCUGGAAGACCAAGGCUCAAUUACUCGAUGUGCGAAGUGAAUUUUACCCGCCCGCAUGGUACAAUGGGCCGGAUAUGCGCUCACAUGCCUGCGCAACAGUGGAGGCCUGGAAACUGCGCGGCAACGUCCCCCAUCAUGUGGAGGCCACGGCGUUGUUGACAGACGCGAUUCUUCAUGACGAUGGACAGAGAAACUCGAUAUUUUCAAUCAGAGCCACGUACUCUGCAGCCUUCUGUCGAUUUGUGACGGGACUGGUAGACACCAAAGUCACCGGUCCACGGAGAACAAUGUUCCAACGAGCAAUGGAUUUGGGGCUGCCGGCAUCAUUUGUCGAGUUGCGCCAUGAAGCGACACAUCGUGAGCCUCCAUCGCUGGUUGUCCUGCGCAAAGCCACACAGCGCUCGCUGGAGUGGUUGUGGGACAAUUACUGGGCGAACAUUGACAGCGACGGAGUCGGUGGCGCAACUGUGCCUGGCCAUGAUGACAGCAUUCCCAUGACGACAGCCCUCAGUCAAGUGUUGCAGGAGUUCAUGCGCGGGUCAGGCUCUAGACCAAUGCAAAAGAAAAGGAAGCGCGAGCAAGAGGAUGCCACCGCGGGUCGAUUGCUUGAAGUCUGCGGUGCCUCGAAGGAUGGAAUGAAUGCUGGUUUGGCUGCCCUGUCGACCAUUCUGUUGGAUUCGAACCUGCUGUUUGAUUCAGAGAGAAAACUUGGAGACUCGAUGGACGCCAUGUUCAACAAGUGGGAUCCAGUUCUGCAGCAGGUGGCGGGUUUUCAUUCUUCGGUUUUGCUCUUCCUGUCCGAGGAGCUGGUGCACAACUUGGUAUUGAAUGCGGCGACUGAAUCCUCGAUGAACACUCAGGCCGAGGGACUUUUUCUGUGGCUGGAACAUCUGCUCACUGCGCCUGUGUGGGAGUUGCAGCGGCCUUCCUUUCCCCGGGAUUACAUUCUCGCAGUGUGCAAUGCCCAAUCCACUCAUUGGACAAGGAUUCUGGCUGAGAAGCUCCAGCUCCAGCAGCAAGACACCACGGCUGUGAUGUCCCAUACACAAAUGACAGCGAGCACUUCCCCGAAGAGGCUGGCACAACCUGCAGCGGUUGAAAUCUUUUCGAGGAAAUUGCAGGAGCAUGGAUGGGGGUUUGCAGAGAAAUGGGACAGUCGGCCUCUGGGAAUCACCUCGAGCAACUGA